UUCUCUAAGGUGCCACAAGUCCUCCUGUUCUUUUUGUGGAUACAGACUAACACGGCUGCUGAAACCUGUCCUGCAACCGUUAUUUACUCCACGGUGUUGUGAUCUGUCAGUCGUCGUUUACCACUUUCUUCUUCCCACCAACUUUACUUUUGGUAUGUGACCUUUAGCCUACGUUUAAUGGGGUUACCAGAGCUUAUCAGUGGAGUGACUCUUGCUUAUAUCAAAUGGAAACUAGGGACACAAAAAUGGAGUCUGGGGAAUUUCUCUGCUAUCACCGGGGACUAUACACAGGGAAGGAAGAGCUGGGACGUGCUGAGCCCCGAUCCCUGGAGAGUACAGGGAUAGGUAUGGUGCAGCCCCACAGACCCCCCCCAUGCCCCAUAGAAAGCCCUGGCACCCAGGCUGCAGCCCCCUCCCCACUGCCACCCUGCCCAAAGCCAGGUUUGCAAGGCUGCAGCCAGGGAAGGCACAUUUCAGUGCCUCCUUCCCCAGUUGUUGUCUUGCAAAUCUGCCUUCCACUUGUUGCCAGACAAUAGCAACUUCUCGCUGGAAGCCAAGAGGCUGCCAAUAAGCAAAAUCUACUGUAUUAUAUGUGACUAUGACAGCAAGCCCUGGAGACUGCCGUGCUAAGGGGACACUUCUCCCUGUGACAUGUUUACACACAUCUUUGUCUUUCCACUGGCACGCUCUCCUUUGACAGCUUCUCAGUGUUAGGAUCUGAAAGCCAAAAUCAGCACGCACCCUCGGCAGAGCAAAAAAACAUCCAGCAGAUGAUGGACUCCUGGCAGAAAACGGCUUCCUUGGGACAUGGCCGUCUGGUGCCAAGAGGCUGGAAUUUGCACCCUCAAUGUACUGCUAAUAAAACACCAGCUACGACUCUGACGUUAGACUCACAGACUUUAAGGCCAGCAAGGACCAUGGUGAUCAUCUAGUCUGGCCUCCUGCCCAUCGCAGGCCACCGAGCCUCGCCCACCCUCUCCUGUAACAGAUCCUGUAAUGUGGAGCUUCCUGUUUACAGUAAAUUCCUGCGGGCUUUUCCCUCCAAUUUAAUGAAUCUUUUUUUCAAUCUGAUACUGACUCUGCCGGCGCUCAUCCUGCCUGAGUCCGGCUCCGUACGUCACGUUCGGCUUUGUCGAGCCUGAUUCAUUGGGGCUGGGUCUUUUGAAACACUUUGGGGGGAAAUCUUGAGAUUUUUUUUUUCCCGUUAAUCUCUCUGUAAAGUGUCCUAGCAUGCAGGCACUUAAUUACUCACGUAAAGUCCUACCGAAAGCAGGGCUAGGCUAUGAACCCUUCUCUUCUGGACCAUGAGCUGAUUUCUCAGGCCCAGCUCCUUGGAGAUAUUCAGGCAGGGUUAGGGUUAUCCGAUGCAGUGAGCUGUAGCUCACAAAAGCUUAUGCUCAAAUAAAUGUGUUAGUCUCUAAGGUGCCACAAAUCCUCCUGUUCUUUUUGCGGAUACAGACUAACACGGCUGCUCCUCUGAAACCGGUUAAGAAGAAAUUUCCUCUGUGGGCAGAUUAUCCCGUAACUGUCCAGUAGGGGGAGGUCUUGCACUUUCCUCUGACACAAGGAUUACUGGGAUCCUAGAAUCACAGGGUUAGGAGGGACCGCAAGAGAUUGCGGAGACUAGCCUGGGAUGGAUUCCUCCGUUUCCGUCCAAUUUUCAGCCAGGGAAAUGACCCUGAACUUCAUUUACAGCUUCCUCUGAGUAAAGGACUUGACUAAUUUUUACUAGUACUGGUUUUUUUCACCUCUGCCUUAGUACCAUGAGCUUAAACUGCAAAGCCGGCAGAGGGAGCAAGUUCCUAGCUGGUACAUUUUAGAAAAAGAUUUUACAGUAACUCGAGCAAACUCCCAAGAUUACAAACAAAUCCCGGGUUUCACACGGAACUGGGCCUUUUCAGGUUGUUAGCCAUUUCAAAAGUCGGACAAGGCAGCAUUUUGGACUGGGAGCGAAAUGAAAAAUUUCAAAACUACGAGCAAAUCGAAAUAUUGCCAAACAAAUUUCAGGGGGGGGGGCGGGUUGACUGAAACAUUUCAUUUCAACCAAAUUGAAACAUUUUGUUUCGGUUUUAAAACUUUUGGGGACAUUGUUAAGGAAAUUACAGGAAACUUGGAUGCAAAAGGAUGUUUCAAAACAACAACAGAAAGAAACAUUUUGUUCUGUUGCGUGACUGCAGCAUGAAACAAAACUUGGAGAGUGAGCUGCCUGGGAUAAGUAGACUCCUACCCCGGUGGAAACCUGGCUGAGGGCGAGAAGUAGGCGAUGCUGCCAGCGUGGGCUUGCUUUGCUUUUCCAAUCUAUCCUAAGGGACCCUCCACGCUGUAUUCCGGUUCUGGCUUGUUCUGCAAAGGCUGCGCUGUGUCCCUGCAAAACAUCGGCUGCUUGUAUGCCUCCCAAGAGAGGUAAGUUUCCAGCAGGAGGUUCAUGCAUUUUUCGGAGCCACCGUGAGAAACAGGAAAGCUAAAGCCAGAGACCCAGUCUCGGAGGAGUCGGCGGGGCCCCUUGCAAAAAGUGGAGGCCUAAGGACCUAGCACUGAAGAAAUAAAUUGCCAGAGAGACUGUAUAAAGCCAGGCCAUGCCGCUCGGGGGAGAGGAACUGAGCCUUUCCACUGACCCCAGCAGCUCAACUGGAUCCCAACUGGAGCCGCACAGAGCUUCUUCCUGCUCGGCUGCUGCCUGGCUUGGGGUGUGCGUGUCAGUCGCACACCAGCUGUAGCUGGCUCCUUGGGAGCUCAAGAGCUGGGGCCGGGCCCCUGCACAUUUCACCGAGGGCCUCACCCUUUGCCGAUAACCAGCCAUGCCCGGCCGGGCACUCUGCCUCCUGUGUAGUUUGGUGAUGCCCGCCACCUUCCUGUGCGCAGAUCUGCUUCCCAGGGUCACCUUCCUGAGAGGAGACCCCCGGAGGACCCUAACCAGCUUCAGCCAGGAUGGAACCUUCCACUAUGAUACUUUCCUCUUGAGCGAAGAUGAAGGCACUCUGUAUGUGGGAGCUCGAGAUACCAUCCUCUCCCUCCGGGUGGACAGUGCUGGGUCCAUGGAGCUGACGGGCUCAAUAGUGUGGCAACCCAUGCCUGAAAAAAAGCAGGAGUGUGUCUUUAAAAAGAAAAGCAAUCUGACAGAGUGCUUCAACUUCAUCCGUGUCCUAGUGCCAGUGAAUCAGACUCACCUGUACACCUGUGGGACCUAUGCCUUCAGCCCCACCUGCUCUUACAUUAAUCUGGAGAAUUUCAGCCUGGUUUCUGUCAGCCAAGGGAGGCCCCUCCUCCAGGAUGGGAAGGGACAGUGCCCCUUCGACCCCAGCCACAAGUAUACGGCCAUCCUGGUGGGUGGGGAGCUCUACACGGGGACCAUGAACAACUUCCAAGGCAACGAGCCCAUAAUCUCCCGCGCCCUGAGCAGCAGGACCUUGCUGAAGACCGAUGCCUUCCUCAGGUGGCUGAAUGUCGACGCGGGCUUCGUGGCCUCCGCCAACAUCCCUGGAGACGAGAAGGUCUAUUUCUUCUUCCAGGAGACGGCCGAGGAGUUUGAUUUCUUUGAGAAGCUCAUGGUCUCCCGAGUAGCUCGUGUGUGCAAGAAUGACGUCGGAGGAGAGAAGGUGCUGCAGAAGAAAUGGACCACGUUCCUGAAAGCCCAGCUGAUGUGCUUCCAGCCGGGACACUUCCCUUUCAACGUGAUCCAUCACUCCUUUGUCCUACCCCAGCCAGGAGGGGGCGCCGUCUUCUAUGGAGUCUUCACUUCACAAUGGCAGAUGGGAGACGCAGGCAGCACGGCGGUGUGCGCUUUCAACCUGGAGGACAUCGAAAGCGUCUUCAACGGCAAAUACAAGGAGCUGAACAAGGAGAGCUCCCGGUGGAUGACAUACAGCGAUGCGGUCCCUGAGCCCCGCCCUGGCAGCUGCUCAGUGCGCCCAUCGGCAGACAAAGUCCUGACCUUCAUGAAAAACCACUUCCUGAUGGAUGGGAAGGUUGUGCCCAGGAACAAGCAGCCGGUGCUGGUGAAGCAGAACGUGAAAUAUACGCGGAUCGCAGUCGAUCAGACCCACAGUGUCUCGGGCACCUCCUAUGAGGUGAUGUUCCUGGGAACAGAUCAAGGAUUCCUGCACAAAGCAGUGGCUCUGGCCAGCGGUGCUCAUAUCAUUGAGGAAAUCCAGCUGUUUAAGGACCCAGAACCUGUGCAGAACCUUCUGUUCUCACCUGGGAAGGGGAUCCUGUAUGUGGGGUACUCCAAGGGGGUCCUGCAGGUGCCGCUGGCCAACUGCAGCGUGUACAGGAGCUGUGCUGACUGUGUCCUCGCCCGAGACCCCUACUGCGCCUGGCACGGGCGCAGCCAGUCGUGCCAGGAGACCCGAGCCACAAACAAAAACACGAGCGACUGGCUGCAGGACAUCGAGACGGGUAGGCCAGGGGCUACGUGCCAGCAGAUCGGUGGGAAAGGCAGGGCCACGCCCAGGUCUCGGGACGACUCGGGCAGCAGCCUGGUAAAAACGUUGAGCCCAGCCCUGAACUCCGUAAUUCGGCUGCCGUGCCCGCAGCUCUCCGCCCUGGCCGAUUACACCUGGAGCUACCCAGGGCCGAAGACCCCGGCGGGGCUGACGGUGUUGGACGAUAAGACGCUGGUGAUCAUCAUGCAGCGCCAGGCGGCAGGCGAGUACACGUGCUGGGCCAGCGAGAACGGGCACCACCAGCCUGUGGCCCGCUAUGUGGUGCGGGACCCCACGGGGGGCGACGGCUACCCCAACAUCCUGAGUGAGAGCGGAGGGGACAGCACGGUCGGGGAAGGGCUGGAGCGGGGGGCAGGCCCACAGGGCGGGCACCGCUCCUACUGGACGCAGUUUGUUGCGGUGACGGUGCUGCUGUUGGUGACGCUGGUCGUAGCAAUGGCCGUGGCCGCCUUCUCCUACCACAGCAGGCUCAAGGCCAAGAGCAAGGUGCAGGGCUGCAACACCCCCGAAGCCACCAAGGUGUCCAGUCAGGAGAAGGUGCCGCUGAACGGAGGCCGGAGCCCGCAGCUACAAGGGCCCUUCCAGGAGCGGGCCAAGGACCCCAGGGACUGCUGUGUCCAGAUGGAGGGGCUGUACCAGGACAUAGACGCGGACAACAACAGGUUAAGCGCCAGCCUGGGGGCCAGGCAGGGCUCCCAAGGAGUGGCUCUGGAGAAAGCUUAAGCUGGCCGUGCCUGCCCCGACCUGCCUUUCGUCUCGAACUCAGCCGUGUCGUGGUAACGCGCAGCCCUACGAUAACAAACCAGUGCGUGUGUGUGGCUCACCGCUUGGGAGCAACCCUACAGUAACAAACCGGUCUGCGUCCAGCCCCCAAAUUCAUAACAAACGUGUAUCAGCUGGUUAGACCUCCCACACGGCGCGCGCCCAGAAACUGCACCUGCUCCUCGUCCGUGUGCCAGCUGCUGCCGCUCGCCCACGUGUGGGUCGCUCCACCACUGAAGAGCGAUGGGCCCCGCCUGCCUCCCUGCGCUGUCUGGGCAUCACCAGCGGCCAAGUCGUGGGAGGGGCGUUAAAAAAAAACCAAAAAAAAACCCUUCCGCUUUUGGGUUUCCGCACGAACCAAGAGACAAACACGGAGCACAUCUGGGGCUCUAGAUGACUGGGUUCAAUGGAGCUGGCGGGCAGGGCAGCACUGAAGAGAGCAUGAGCCCUUCCUGGCUAGUGCCCGCUCCGGGUUCAAGCAGGGAGCAACCCCGCGGUGGGAUCUGAAUGUGCCCAGUGUCGCUGUGUCUACGUAGCUGCUGCUUCCCGGGCUGGUGCCCCCAGCAAUUGGUGACAUCCCUGCGCUGGCCUGGACCAGCUGGGAGCUGCCACGUCCCCUCCGCGAGUGCUGUGGACGAAGGCCAAUAAGCGAUGCUGCAGCUGCACGUUACCUAGCGUGCCCCUGGCCAGCUCGGUCCUCCCCUGUGUGGGAUGCAGUUGGUGCCAGUCGAUGGCUGGGUGUAGCUCUGCCGGGGCCCAAUCCGGCUCCUUACAGCUCUGAAUAUGGGGUCUAACGUUCUGCCUUUGAGCGCAGGGUCAGCAGUUCAAAUCCAGCCCCGGCUGGCAAUGCUCAGAUAGCUGAUCCUUGUCGGCCUGCGUGCAAUGAGCAGCUGGGCUCCCAGUCUAGUUCCUGCUUGGCCAGAGGUCUGGAUCACAACAGCCAAUGCUAACUGGCCCCCGCAACGGGGAGACCGGCGAUGGCCCACAUCACGGAGACUGCGCUCUGCUCUGGGGGGUGUCCUUCCAUCAGAGGGCGUUGAACGGUCACUCCCUGCUGUGUGUGGGUAGACGGCUUUAGGGCCUGAUUCUCAUUUACCCUAAGGCCUCUUUACACCACUCUGGUCCGGUAAAGGAGGCAUAAAUUAUAGCCACAUCCCCUCUGCACUGCCGGAGGGGUAUAAGGGGCCUUUUAGUGUAAGUGAGAACCAGGCUGAGUCCCUGGGGUUUUGGAGCCAACAGCCUGAAAAAUCGGCUUGGGGGGAGGGGAGGGGACUUGCAAGGGGCUUUGGGGAUGGGGAGGAGGCAGAGGUUGUGACUGAAUGUGAAGUUGUUGGUUUUUUAAUUUAAUGUUUUUAGAUUUAAGUUAAACUUUUCCCGGUAGCAGCGACGAGCGAUCGAACCCUUUGUUUCACCACCUCUGCCAGCUGCGGAAGGAACGCGGCUACCGAAACCAGCUCCGAGCCCAGCAGCUGGCCGAUAGCCACACUGACAAUGCCCAGUGACUGGGUUCGGAGCCUCGGAGCCAGGAGCACAAACAUGGCGGUUUUUGCACGAACCACUUGGUUGCACCUGGGGCUAAACACAGCCAGGUGAGUGGAUUUCCCUGGGAAAGGCUUCAGAUUUCUCCCUGUCCAAUGGGAUCAGUUUGCUCGUUUCUAAAACCCUUCUUCAACCGCAUCAGUAUUAUUUUGUGAUGGAUAAAUUAACCCCAUGCAUUGCUGGUCUGCUGACACUGCUAUUAUGCUUCAAUGAAAUCAACGCAAGACGGGAUGGGUUCACUUGUUACAUUUUCCAGCAGCAGGGGCGGGUUCUACCAGGGUGUCCUUCGAAAAUCCAGGCUUCUUUCUCAGUUACGCUCACACCCAUUAACCCUGCUCUGUGCAAGGCUGGCUUCUAAGGCACUGUGGGCCUGAUUCUCACUUACAUCCAGCUCCUUUUACCCUGCUCUGGCAAGGUAGAUGAGAACCAGGCCCUGGAGAUUUCAGACACUGGGGCAGUUGCAUGGUUGCAAAUUAUGGCUUCAAGUGGCAAUGCCUGUUAGCACCAGGGGUUCCAACCGUGCAACUACGCUGAUGCUUGUAACCAGAGCAGAUCCCCAGCUUAUUGUACAAUAGCUGCCGGCUCUGAUGUAAGAGCAUUGUCUGAGCUCUGUGACAGACUCAACGCCCUUACAAAAAAACAUCCAAGCAAAACUCUUCCCUGGAACCUUUCCCUCUUUCAUUCUGUUCACUGGAUAAAAAUGGGUGUAUCUACAUGGAGAUUACUAUGUGACUGUGAAAUCCUGCUGGAGACAAGGCCAGGGAGUUUUUACCUCGAUGUGGCUAGUCAAGGUGAACUCCAGGAGGGGCAGGGUUCACUUGGACAAGCCACACUGACAGCUACCUGGGCCUCGUCGGCAUGUGGAGUUUAUGCUGAGGUACGCAGGCCUUUCCGCAGUGAAGACCUAGCCUGUGUGUGCAACCUCCCGCUCUCAUUCCUGUGCCGUCUACUGCUCUGUAACAGUGACUAGAUUCUUCAAUCAAGGGCCUGAGCUUUUAAGUCAGGACAAAGCCCAUUCUGUCUCUCUGUGUCGCUGAUCACCGGGGUCUGUGCCACGUUGUUCGGACUGCAGUGGCAAGCACAGCUGUCGGGCCUGAUCCUCCGCUGGUGUCCAUCAGCGUAGCACCUUGGGCUCAAUGCGGAUCUAUACUCGCUGGGGAUCAGGCACCAUUAACUUCAGUGGAGCUGGACAAGUUUACACCCGCUUGAGAUCUGGGCCCAUCAACUUCAGUGGAGCAGGGCCACAUUACACCAGCUGGGGAUCUGCCCCUUCAUUGCUUGUUUUAUGAUGUUUAACCUUAUUUUUUUUAAAGAAAGAUGUACAUCUUCCUGCUCUGGAUACAUUUUAUUUUUUAUUAAAAAGUGAAUGUCACACUCA